AUGAACUCCUCAGCAAAGCAGAUGUGGCUAUCCUGCCUCCUAGCGUGUACAGCUAUAAGUGCAGUAUUUGCAGCAAACGAAUAUCUUCCACCGAAUAAAGGCUACACGUACAACACACCGAAGAUUCCUUUCCCACCCAAUACUCCUAGGCCAACGCCGACGUAUAGACCAACGCGUCCUACAUACGUGCCUCCACCUACAGCUCCAGGCCCUACUCCUACGCAUCACGACAACCAUGACCAUGACCACGAGCAUGACGAACACCAUCACCACCACGAACCGGGAAUGCCUUUCGACUUCGCUUAUGCUGUAAACGAAGACGGCAACGAUUACAGCCAUAACGCCAAAUCUGAUGGUGAUGUGACCCGUGGGGAGUAUAGGAUCGCGCUGCCCGAUGGUAGGACCCAGAUCGUCAAAUAUACAGCCGAUUGGAAAAAUGGAUUUAAUGCUGAGGUUACCUACGAAGGUGAAGCCAGAUAUCCCGACCAGCCCAACGGAGGCUACCCCUCACCCGGACCAGGCCAGCCUUACGUUCCACCAAGUCAAGGAUACCAAUAU